AUGCAUGGCGUUGGCAUUUUGCGUCUCCAUGAUGAUCUAAACCCGGUUGCAUCUGAUGCAAAUCAAAAAUGCAUCUUGCUGCCUCCUCUUGUAUCUUUGCCUCAUUGCCAAACCCAAAUCGUCACCAACGUGUCCUUGUCCUCACUAUCUCCAGAGGAGGAAGAUUGUGUCGUGGCUAUUAAGUUCAUGGGACCCCAACUCAGCUACUGCCGACCCUCUGCUCAAGGCAACUCCAAGUGGUUCAACAUCAGGAUCGCAAACCCUUGCUUCUUCUCCUCCCGUGUCAUGUUUUCCAAGAAACAUAACAUGUUUCGCAUACCUGGAGCUGGCGGCCAACUCAUUGCAUCAUGGGAUCUCUGCGAAGACAAGCACACACCCAAGUUUCAGGAGUUGCGAUAUCAUUUUCUUCCAGAGCCGACCGAAGCAGAACGUGAGGUUAUGGAUACAUGUCUCACGAGCGAACACAUGGUGGAAUCACAAUCCACAGGUGAAACCUUUUUGGUCAAGUGUUUCAGACAGACUAUGGACGGUAUUGCCGUAUUGCAAACAAAAGGUGUAAUGGCGUUCAGGGUAACCCCCAAGGGAAAUUCAGUGUACACUCAAGACAUUGUAGAUCUCACCAUUUUCAUCUCAAAGGCUGAAGCAUUCUGUGUCCGUGCUAGCUCGUUUCCUGGCGUGAGCCCUAACCAUGUCUAUAUCUUGGAUGUCAUGGAGAUUUCAUUUUUCAAGCUUCCUGAUUCUUCCAUCACAACUCUUACUGAAAGAAUCAUGUCCCCUUACGUUUUUCCACCUCAAAAUAUAGAAUAUUAA